AUGGGCAUUACAAAACAAUAUCUACGAUGGACAGCGGCUGAAAAAUUCGGUGUUAUCGGUUCACCAUGUCAAGCAAUACAAUUACUGCAUCAAUGGCCUGGAAUGACAAUGACGGAUCGUAUUUGUGCUACAGCAGCUUGUGAAGAUAUUGUUUUCUGGGAUCUUAAAACAUGUCAACAAAUUGAACGAAUAGAUAUUAAUGAUGAUGAUGGUUCAAAUUCAUCAUCGGCGAUGACAAAAAAUUCAAUGAUAUCAUGUAUGGCAUUCAAUGAUAAAAGUAUGGUCAUUUGUAGUGGCCAUCAUGAUGGCUCAAUUCGAUUGUUUGAUUGUCAAGAAGAUAGAAAAUUAAAAGUUAUAUUUUCUGGCCAUCGUGGCUGUGUUACAUGUAUCGCAUUGGAUCAAACUGGUCUACGUAUUGCUAGUGGUGGAAAAGAUACCGAAAUUGUCAUUUGGGAUGUUGCCAAUCAAUCUGGCCUAUUUCGUCUUAAAGGUCAUAAAGGUCCAGUGAAUAAAUUGGAAUUCAUGAGACAACAUCCUUGGAUAUUGAUAUCGGCGUCAAGUGAUACGUAUAUAAAAUUAUGGGAUCUUGAAACACAACAUUGUUUUCGAACAAUAGUUGGACAUCAUACUGAAGUAUGGAGUUUUGUUCUAUUACGUAAUGAUACGGAAAUCAUUUCUGGUGGCUCUGAUUCUGAACUAAAAGUUUGGAAAAUAACAUUUGCCGAAGAUGAACAAGAAGAUUUUCAGAAAAAAUUGGCUGAAUCUCGUGCUAAACGAUUGAAACGAUUACAAUUGCUUGGUGAUGAUAAUCAUGAUGAUGAUGAUAUCAACAAUGAUGAAGAUGUUGAUAAUUUUAUUUUAAUCGAAAAUUUUGGCACCAUCCUCAGAAAAAGUAUGGAAAAAUUGACCAAUAUUUUCGUCGAUCAAACUGAACGUUUAUUAGUAUGUCAUGGUAAAGAUAAUUUUAUUGAAUUAUUUAAAAUACGUUCCAAUGAAGAAAUUUCCAUGAAAAUGAAGAAACGAAUACGUAAAGAAAAGAAACGAAGAUUAAAUGAAGAAGAUUUGAAUAAUGAUAAUGAAAUGGAAAAAAUUGAAUCCACAAUAAUUUCAGAUGAAAUCGAACGUUUAGAUUCGAUUAAAUCGGUGGCAAAAAUUCGUUCGAUUGAUGUACGAUUUAUACGAUCUAUCGAUGGUGAACAAGAAUAUCGUCUAUCGAUUCUAUUGUGUAAUAAUCAAAUUGAAUUUCAACAAAUUUUGAUAAAAUCAAUUAAAAAUCAAACAAUCGAAUCGAAACAAUUAUCAAUCAUCAAUACGAUGGGCCAUCGAAAUGAUAUCCGUACGAUUGCAAUUAGCUCAGAUAGCUUAUCAAUAUUAACGGCAAGUUCUGAUUCAAUAAAAUUAUGGAAUAAAUCCAGUUGUCGUUGUACAAAUACAAUCAAUGAUGGUAUUGAAUAUCCACUGUGCAUGACUUUUGUGCCGGGAAAUAAACAUGCUAUCGUUGGUACAAAAACGGGUAAAAUUCAAAUAAUAAACCUGUUAUCAGCAUCGAUACAAUCUACAAUCGACGAUGGUGUUGGUCAACCAAUUUGGUCAUUAAAUUUAUUACCCAAUUUAACCGGUAUCGUUACUGGCUGUGAAGAUAAAUCGGUUAAAUUUUGGUCAUUUAAUCUUAUUUUUGAACAACAAAAUGAUGAUCAACAACAACAACAACAAUCGACAGAAUCGAAAAUUCUAACAUUAAAUCAUGAACGAACAUUAUCAGUGGAUGAAGGUGUCAUUUGUACGAAAGUAUCACCAAAUUCAAAAUUCAUUGCCGUUGCAAUGUUAGAUAGUUGUGUGAAAAUUUAUUUCUGUGAUUCACAUAAAUUUUUUCUAUCACUUUAUGGCCAUAAAUUGCCUGUACUUUGUAUGGAUAUAUCAUAUGAUAAUCGUUUAAUUGUCACUGGUUCAUCGGAUAAAAACAUUAAAAUCUGGGGCAUGGAUUUCGGUGAUUGUCAUCGAUCAUUAUUUGCACAUGAUGAUAAUAUUCUUUGCUUACAAUUUGUGCCGAAAACACAUCAUUUUUUUACAACAUCUAAAGAUCAUCGUAUAAAAAUGUGGGAUGCUGAUACAUUUGAAAAGAUAACGUCAUUGGAAGGACAUCAUGGUGAAAUAUGGGCAAUGGCUAUUGCACCGAAUGGAAAAUACAUGGUAACAGCAUCACAUGAUAAAUCGAUACGUUUAUGGCAAAAAACACAGGAACCAUUGAUUCUUGAAGAAGAAAAAGAAUUGGAAAAUGAAAAAGAAUUUGAUUUAGUUGGAGAAUCACAUACAACUGUACCUGGUGAAUCAUCGUUGAAUCAUCAAGAAUCAGGUCGUGCACAGAAAAAAACCACCGAAACUAUUCGAUCGAUUGAACGAUUAAUCGAAAGUAUCGAUAUCUAUCGUGAAGAGAUUGAAAAACUUGAUCAUUAUAAUCAACAGAUGACUAUUUAUGAAAAUCAACAUACCAAAUCAAAGGAUGGUGAAAUGAAAAAACCAUCACGUGAACCAUGUAAUCCGAAUCUAACGAUUUAUCGUACAGAAUGUCCACGUCGUUUUAUGUUGGAAAUACUUUUACGGAUUCCAUCCAAUGAACUUGAAGAAACAUUAUUACAACUGCCAUUCUAUUAUAUUCAACAAUUAUUGCAGAUUCUUUCCGAAUUAUUAGAACGUCGUUGGGAAAUUGAAUUAAUUUGUCGUUGUGUUUGUUAUAUUGUACGUGUAAAUUUUGGCCAAAUUACUUCAUGUUCAUCAUCGAUGGCACGAUUAAUCGAUAGAAUUCGUCAACAAAUGCAAUUGGCAAUCGAAUCUGUUGAAGAAUUAGCUGGCGUUAAUAAUGUUGGUUUAAAAUAUUUUGAAAAUAUUUUCGAAUCACGACAAAAUGUAUCAUUAUUUGCAGAGGUAUUGGUGGAAAAUCGAAUGAUGAAAAAUAAUAAAAAACAUAAAAAACGUAAUAAUCAAACGGCACCAAUAUUGACAUGGAAUUGAUUUAAAAUUUUUUUUUUUUUUGAUUUGAUUUGACAAAUAAAAUUCAUUUUUUUUGAUCAUUCAUACACUAGAUGGCAUGAAUGUCAAUUUUGAAAUUGAUCGAUAUCAUCUCAAUUUUAUAAAAGAGCAAUAAAUAUGAGGGUAUGGCUAAAUCAUCAUCAUCCGCAUAUACACAAAAAAAGCCAACAUAUCAUUACUUUGCUUGUUUUUUUAUAUAUUGCAAAGAAAACUAAAAUUCUCAUCAUCAUCAUUCAUUAGCCUUCAAGCAGUAGAAGAAAAACGUGGAAGCAAAGAAAAAUAAACAAAAAGAAAUGAUGAUGAUGAUGAUGAUCAAUGAUCAAUGAUAAAUAUCAAACAAAAAAAAAUCAAUCAAUACCAAACAAUAUCAUAACAACACAACAAAGCAACCAUCAACAUUUGAUAUAUAUCGUGAUCUAUAGCCUAAAAAUGAGUUUCUAAGAAAUAAAAAUUUUGUUAGUUUU